AUGAUGGAACCAAUUGAUUUCUUUUCUACUUUUAUGACGGCUGAUAUGAUACGUAAUAUAGUUGGACAUACAAACGAAGAAAUUGUAUUGAGAAGUUCAAAAUAUAAAGAGCAAACCGCAACAAUUUCAUCAACAUGCGAAGAAGAAUUGACUGCUUUGUUAGGAUUGCUUCUGUUGUCAGCUGCGAAAAAAGACAAUCAUCUCACCAGCUUGGAACUAUUUGAUCCUACAUUUAGUGGAACCCGAUACAUAUCGAGACUGGUACAAUUUGGUGUUUCCGGAAAUACAAUUCGGCGCAUAGUGGACAAAGGUAUAAAGAAUGGAGGUAAAUUCGUCACGCCCAGAAAACACAGGAAAGGCCGACUCAAGGAAGAGAUCGAUGAUUUAAAUCUAUGUGCCAUUCGUCAAAAAGUUCAUUUGUUCUACACAGUGCAGAAAGGAGUGCCUACACAAAAAAAAAAAGUUGUCAGAAAUAGUCGGAAGCAACCGAAAGGAUCUCUCUGA